UUGGCGGUGAACGGUUGCUUUAGUUAGGCGUUCAAUAAUUUAGCGUUCCCGUUUGGUUUCUUUCAGCAGCGAAUGCAGUUAGAAUAUAAAAUAAGCAUUGAAAGAAUCAAGUUGUUGCAUAUCAUGAAGGUAUUCUACUUCUUGCUGCUUUUAGCAGCUGUUUAUGCUUCGCAUGCCGAAGAAUUAACAAGAGUGCCACUGAUACGGUCAACCUCUCCACGACGUCACCUGCAAAGUGUUGGUACGGCUGUAAGCAUCACAAGGCGCCGAUGGGGAUCUGAUCCUAUGCCUGAGCCUCUCAGCAACUACAUGGAUGCUCAGUACUAUGGCCCCAUCUCUAUUGGCACUCCACCUCAAAGUUUCCUGGUGGUCUUUGACACCGGCUCAUCCAACCUGUGGGUUCCAUCAAAGCAGUGCCACUGGACCAACAUUGCUUGCUUGCUGCACAACAAAUACAACAGCGCCAAGUCCAGCACUUACGUCAAGAACGGCACGGAGUUCAAGAUUCAAUAUGGCUCAGGCUCGCUCUCCGGCUACCUCUCUACUGAUACUGUCAACUCGAUGGUCAGACAGUGUGGUCUCCUCAACACGAAUAUCAGCAACCAGUUCUUGAAUAGGGACGCUUCAGAUGCAGUGGGGGGCGAGCUGAUUCUGGGGGGUUCUGACCCCCAGCACUACAGGGGGGAGUUCACGUAUGUGCCUGUGGACAGGAAGGGCUACUGGCAGUUCCAUAUGGACGCCGUCCAGGUUGAUGAUGACACCUCAGUCCCGCUGUGUCACCAAGGCUGUGAGGCCAUCGCGGACACUGGCACGUCCCUGCUGGCGGCGCCCUAUGAGGAGGCCCGGGCCAUCAACAAGAGGAUCGGGGCCAAGCCCCUCGCCGGAGGGGAGUGGGUCAUCGACUGCAACCUCAUCCCCACGCUCCCCAACAUCACCUUCACCAUCGGCGGCAACCCGUUCGUCCUCACAGGCCAGGAUUAUAUCCUCAAGGUGAAGCAGUUCGGGUCGGAGUCGUGCGUGUCAGGGUUCCUAGGGAUGGACAUCCCCCCUCCUAUGGGGCCGCUCUGGAUCCUGGGGGACAUUUUCCUGGGCAAGUUCUACACCGAGUUCGACAUGGGCAACGCCAGGGUCGGCUUCGCGCUAGCUUACUAAUUGCCCGCUUCACGCAUCAUACAUUACAUUCAGAACAAUGAGUGGCACUUUAGCUCGAUUAUCGAUGCAACAUACAUUACUUUUAGAACACUGCAGUGUUCUAACUUCUGUUCUUAGUGGCACUUCAGCCCAAUUAUCGAUGCAUUAUCGCUAUUUUCACUCAGAAAUUAGUGGGAAUUUGGUCCGAAUUAUAUUCGAUUCACUUUUUUCAAUGCUAAUUUACUAUCAGAAACCUGUGAGCCUUCUUUAUACACAAUACUAUGUUAACUUCACUGUGUUAUUUGGGCUUCGACAUGUGCACACAGAGAAAUAAGUGAGACGUCGUGCCUGAUAGUGAUGCGCUUUUUAGCUCUGUGUAGGUCAUCCUGACCCAGUUUGGCCCAGCAUAAGGGCAUAUCAGUUCCACGUCCAAUAUCUGCUCGUGCUGUGGAUAGGGAAGUGUGUCACUAUUUGGGCAAUGUGACUCGUUCAUUUUUCAGAGUGUUGUACAUGUUUAGGUAAUGUCUUGCUUCUCAGUUACUAUGUAUCUUGAUAUUUACUAUAUAUCUUAUUUCCGUAUAUCUACUAAUUUACUUUCUCUCUGCUAGUGUCGCGUAGUCUAGUUCGGUCAUAAGAUCUGGAAACUAGUAAUUCAUGUUCAUGCUUUCCUGCAUUCAGUAAAUUCAUUACUGUAAGUCCUACGUAUAUUGUAGCAUGACAUGGAUCUCCUAAAGUCUUCAUAAUGACAUGUGCGACUGUUAUUGAAUAUGAUUAUUGAUAGAUAUGUUCUCUCAUAUCUAACAUGUACACACAUCAUAGCAGAUAAUGUUAUCUAUUGAAUCAUAUACGAUAAAAGGUGCAGUUGAUGAUAUAACUGUUGAGCCAUAAUCUGUCACAAACACGCGCUGUUGAGCCAUAACAUGUCACAAACAUGCACUGUUGAGCCAUAAUCUGUCACAAACAUGCGUUGUUGAGCCAUAAUCUGUCACAAACAUGCGCUGUUGAGCCAUAAUCUGUCACAAACAUGCGCUGUUGAGCCACAAUCUGUCACAAACAUGCGCUGUUAAGCCAUAAUCUGUCACAAACAUGCGCUGUUGAGCCAUAAUCUGUCACAAACAUGCGCUGAUGAGCCAUAAUCUGU